AUGCGUUACAUCAAGACUCACCAGGAAGUCUACAAUGAGCUAUGCUCUCUCCUGCGUGACCAUCUCGAACACCUGGACAAGAUUGAAGCUGCUGGCCAGCCAAUGUCCUUGGAAGACUUCCACGACCUGAAAUAUCUUGCCUUCUCCUUGCAUUACCAAAAGCACAUGCUCAAUAACAAGUACAAGUACAAGGUUCCUGAGUGUCUUGCCACCAUCCGCCAGAUUUUGCCUGGCUGGCAACCGUACCGCUGCAUGUGA